GUCACUUCCGGAAUCUGCCUGCCUUUCCCAGACCAGGGGUAGCAGCAAACCGCCUCCCACUGGAGAGAGUUCCUCUGAUUUAUUUGUUCCAAAGGUCGAUUCCUCCCCCUGCCGCCCACCACAGGCCGCCGAGAUGCCCGUCACGGUGGAAAAUGUCAUGAGGCUGCUGUGCUCCAUUUCUGACCAGAAGAAAAUGAGAGUGCCCGUCCAGCCCUCUAAUAAGAGUGCCCCGCUGGCUAUAACUGGGGCCCUGUUUGGUACCAUCAUUGGUGGCCCACCGGGACUAAUUGUCGGCGGCGUCCUCGGGGGGCUCUUGGGGUCUGGGAUGUCGGACAAGCCCUUUAAGCCCGUCUAUAAGAUUCUCCAGCAGCUGUCACAUAACCAGAAGCAGAAGCUCUUGGACAAGGUCAAGACCGUCCUCUGGAACCUGGACUGGAUGGACAAUGUGGAGCUGAUGGACCUGGUCAUGCGCAGUGAGAGGCUCCAGCGGCAGCUGGCGGACGUCCUGGUGGGUUUCAUCGAGACGGAGCUGAAGACCAAAGUGCAGUUUGGGGUCUAGUCCCUGGGGGCCGGGGAUCCCCAGGAGGGGCAGGGGCUGGGUGCCCACAGAGCCCCGUGUCGCCUUAAACCCGCCACGCCCACCCUUGUCCCCCUCACAGCACACGCAACCGAUUCACACCAGAAAAUAAACUGUGCUUUUGGCUGACCUGAUGAACAAAA